AUGGUGGCUGUUGCUCUUGAAUUUUUUUUUUUUGUGGUUUCCCGCAUUUUGUUGAUUUGUUGCCUUUGCGUUUUUACCGUCAUUUUAUUUUAUUAUUUUUUGUUAUUUGUUUGUUUGCAUCACAAUAAACAGUCUGUUGUCUUGCUUAGCCAGAUGAGGCGAUGGACGGGAGAGUCGGAGAGCGACUCGGAUCCAGUGGGGGGCGAAAACCCCCUUCUGCCAUUGGGAGAAUUCUGCGGGAGCGGCAGCAUUUUUUUUGGAUCCACCGCACUUGGAAUGACGUCAACAUUGGCGACACGACUACUACCACCACCACCACCAGCACCACCACCACAAGCAGCAGCAGCAGCAGCAACGAUUUCCAGCAGCAGCAUCACAGCAGUACCGGCAGAAGGUGGCCGUAAUGGCUCCUCCGUGCCGCGAGACGGGGAGGGAGCCCCUGCGGCCGUUUCCUCUUCCCCAGAAAGUAAGCCGGAAAAGAUGUGUAUUACGAUGGAGUUUGGUGACGAAUAUAAUGGUGAAGUCAAGAUGGACAGGGGAACGGCGAUCCCGCAUGGUUAUGGGACGCUGCAGUCGUCAUCGGGCAAACACUGCUACGUUGGAGGGUUUGUCAACCGUAGCCGUGACGGGGACGGAAAGUUACUGACCGAGCGCUACGUGCUUUGGUCCAAAUGGAAGAUGAACCGUCCAGAUACGACAAACCAGGCCCGUAUUGACUACCCCGAUGGCAGCAAGUACUGUGGCUUCUUGACGUGGCGGCAGGAUAACGCGGCGUCACAAUAUCCUUCUCGAGGUCCAAAGACACGACACUCAAAAUUUUCGAAUUGGGUUCAAAUGAACACGCCGGUGCGGGAGCGAUGGGGAGAACUUGUUGGACCAAACGGCGACCGUUACUUUGGACAGUGGGAGAACAAUUUACCGUCGGGGUUCGGUUGUCUCGUGACAAGUGGUGGUGAUCGUUAUGUGGGUUUGUUUGAGGAGGGGAAAUUUCACGACACGGGGACACUUUUUUCUUUGCACUACGGGAGGCAAAAUACUUGUCACUCCCUCUUGGAUGGAGCGACGUUUGCGGGGUUGUGUGAGGCGCAUUCAAGACAGGCUACCGAAGUCGGAGAGGGAAAUGACAGGGAAAAUGAGGAAAAUGAUCACGCCGAAUCCACGUUGGCGAUGAAGGGGCUCGAGAAGGAAAGAUGGGGCGGUGUUAUUUUUGACGGUGUGUGGGAAAAAGGUCGCUUUGUGGGUGAGGGGUAUGCCACUUUGCCGUGCGGCACAAGAAUCUUUGCUGAGUGGAAGAGCUCGACGUAUCCCACUAACGGUCGUGUGUUUCUUGGUUCCUUUUACAACCGCCCCCAAGCGGGAAUGAAUGCACGUGGAUGGUUUCAAUGUUUUCAUUGGGAACCGCUGCUCUGUGGCACCUGUGAGGAACUAAAGGCGCAGGAAUACGCUGCGUGCGCGUUGUACCGUGAACGAUUACAUAGUGCAACAACACAGGAAGAGGUGCAGGCGGUACUUGCCGAUUUUUGUGGCAACCAGGGCGCUGUGCGAAAUGCAUUGAAAUUGUUUCGUCGUUGUUUUUACUUUCUUCAUGGAACCUGUGGGAAAAGUAGUGAAAUUGGCGCCGGGUUAUGCUUGAAUAAACUCGGAUGGUGUUAUCUGCGUAAAACAUACGGGGGCUGCAUUCACCGACGACAUGGGCGUCCUAUAAUAGUAGGCGACGUGGACUUGGCAAUGACGGACAUCAUUUCCUUUGUGCGCUCUGUGGAACGCUGGGUGGUGGCGAUGCUGGGCGAUGCCGCGGUGGCCGACAACAGCUCUGAGAUCUUCGUUGCACGCAGGGUCUUGGAUUAUGUCCUUCGUGACACCCACGAUGUUUUGUUGAACCUCUACCUGCAUGCUUUCAAGGAAGAAGAUGCGUCACUGUCCGUUGCGCUUGAGCGGCUACGGGAGCAGACCACGCUUGACGACAUGGGCGUUGUGUUUGCCCGCCAGCAGAGUGAAGAGCAGCUUUUUGAUCCAUACGCGGACGCGAUUCAUGUUAUCGAGCAGUUGGAACGGAACGUGCACACGUUCACCGGCAAGCUGCGCGUUCUGGCGCAGUGGUCAAGGGAAAUUGAUCUUGCUGCGCGGCUGGCACAAGUGAACCUUGACGAAAAAUCGCUUUCUUUACUUCCACGGCGUCAGAUGCACCUCGAGUCAGGCUCCGCGGAUGAUCUUCUUCCCAUUUACCAGUACGUUCUGAUUAAGGCGAGGCUGCGUCACUUGUAUGUUCACGCCAAACUAUUGGUUGAUCUAAGUAGUGAGGACAUGUUUAUGGAAUUUACUUCCCCGGAGAAUUUUUUUGUCACGACGCUGCACGCGUGUACGACUAUAUUGGCGAGCUUGCAUCCGCUCUUGCGUGACAAUUGCCAAAUUCUUGCGCCUUCUUCCUUUUUUGAAGAGCAACUUCGCUCCGCAAUUCGUUCCGUUAAGCGCAGGGCUACUCAAUUCCUGGACGUAUUUUCAGCACACACGAGUGGGAUUUGUGCCGUGUAUGAUGCAGAUGAGUUGCGUGAUAUUGCCGUGGGGUACAUUAGGGCGUGGCUUCCGGAGACUUUGGAUGCUCUCCCUACACGGAAUUGCACGCAAACAGAGAGAAAUAGCCUUAUUUUAAAAGUUUCGGAGCUGCUGAAGAGUGCGACGGCAAGAAAGUUCUCACAUCUGCAUGAUUGUCAGUGUCCACGCGGUGUAGCAAUUUUUUGCUGGCUUACUGCGGCUCACAUUGUGUCUGUACUCAAGUUGCGUCUCGGUAUCCUAGCGGCAAACCAAACAGAUGAGCCCGCUGGCGUGCUGUGGGUGGAGACGGAUGUGACUGUAUUUCUCGAGCGGUACUACCGCCUUGACGUCCAGAGAAAAAAGGGCAGCCGGAUGGGUACAGACGACGCUCUUGUCUUGCUUUUGCAAGAACCACUACGGCCAUCGCUUUUACACCUUGCAGCAUCAGUGUUGUUGGUGGCGUUGUGA